CAGCACCACCAGCAGCACCACCAGCAGCAGCCGGAGCCGGAGCCGGGGCGCUCCCUCGACGGCGGCCCUCGGCCAUGCCGCACUUCACCGUCGUGCCCGUGGAGGACCGGCCCCGGCCCGACUACGACAGCUUGGAGGGGCUCAGCUGGGUGGACUACAGCCAGCCCGGGGGCGCCGAGGGGGCGUACCGCGCCGCCCGCCAGCCCGACCCCUACGACACCGUCAGCUCCGACGGCCAUGGCAACCAUAAAGAAAGCAGUCCUUUCCUCAACAACUCUGACCUUAAAGGAGACUAUUAUGACAGGAAUUUGGCCUUGUUUGAGGAAGAGCUGGACAUUCGACCAAAGGUCUCGUCUCUGCUUGGCAAGCUGGUCAGCUACACAAAUCUCACCCAGGGGGCCAAAGAACACGAGGAAGCGGAAAAUGCAGAAGGCUCAAGGAAGAAAGUGUCAAAAUCACCCAACAUGGGCACCCUGAUGGGGGUAUAUCUGCCGUGCAUGCAGAAUAUUUUUGGGGUCAUCCUCUUCCUUCGGCUGACGUGGAUGGUCGGAACGGCGGGGGUUUUGCAGUCCUUCCUCAUCGUCUUAAUUUGCUGCUGCUGCACCAUGCUGACGGCCAUAUCAAUGAGUGCUAUUGCGACCAAUGGCGUGGUUCCAGCUGGUGGUUCCUACUUCAUGAUCUCCAGAUCAUUGGGUCCCGAAUUUGGUGGAGCAGUGGGGCUGUGUUUUUACCUGGGGACAACCUUUGCUGGCGCGAUGUAUAUCCUCGGGGCGAUUGAAAUUCUGCUAACAUACAUUGCACCCCAAGCCGCCAUAUUUCACCCAACUGGUGCCCACGACAGUUCCAAUGCCACUCUGAACAACAUGCGCGUCUACGGUACUUUAUUCCUCACGUUCAUGGCCGUGGUGGUCUUCGUCGGCGUGAAAUACGUGAACAAGUUUGCUUCCCUGUUCUUGGCUUGUGUCAUUAUCUCCAUCUUGGCCAUCUACGCCGGGGCAAUCAAAUCCAUCUUCGACCCACCUUUAUUUCCGGUUUGUAUGCUUGGCAACCGGACUCUUUCAAGGGACCAGUUUGAUAUCUGUGCCAAAACCACCGUGGUGGACAACGUCACCGUGCCGACCAAACUGACCGAGCUCUUCUGUCCCGGCUUCAACGUAACCUCUGAAGCCUGCGAUAAAUACUUCGAGUCCAACGAUGUGAUGGAGAUUGUGGGGAUUCCUGGAGCCGCCAGCGGGAUUUUGAAUGAGAAUACCUGGAGCAAUUACAUGGAGAAAGGAGAGAUCCUGGAGAAAGCGGGCCAGCCCUCCGUCGACGUGGUCGGACAGAAGAGCAAUCUCCACCUCUACGUUUAUGCCGACAUUGCCACUUCCUUUACUGUGCUCGUCGGCAUUUUCUUCCCUUCUGUGACAGGGAUCAUGGCCGGCUCAAACCGCUCCGGAGACUUGAAGGAUGCCCAGAAGUCUAUUCCCGUUGGAACGAUCCUAGCUAUUGUCACUACCUCUCUAGUUUAUUUCAGCUGUGUCCUGCUGUUUGGAGCAUGUAUUGAAGGUGUUGUGCUGAGAGAUAAGUAUGGCGAUGCGGUCAACAAGAACUUAGUCGUGGGCACCCUUGCCUGGCCUUCACCCUGGGUCAUUGUGAUUGGCUCCUUUUUUUCUACUUGUGGGGCGGGUCUGCAGAGCCUCACGGGGGCCCCACGGCUCCUUCAAGCCAUUGCCAAGGACAACAUCAUUCCUUUCCUGCGGGUGUUUGGCCACGGCAAGGCCAAUGGCGAACCCACGUGGGCCCUGCUCUUAACAGCCGUGAUUGCAGAACUUGGCAUUCUGAUCGCGUCUCUCGACAUGGUGGCCCCCAUCCUCUCCAUGUUUUUCUUGAUGUGCUACUUAUUUGUCAACUUGGCCUGCGCAGUGCAAACCCUUCUGAGAACUCCCAACUGGCGACCCAGGUUCAAGUACUACCACUGGGCCUUGUCGUUUUUAGGGAUGAGUAUCUGUCUCGCCCUGAUGUUCAUCUCCUCCUGGUAUUAUGCUUUAGUGGCCAUGCUCAUUGCAGGCAUGAUUUACAAAUACAUUGAAUAUCAGGGGGCGGAGAAGGAGUGGGGUGAUGGGAUCCGGGGAUUGUCCCUCAGCGCCGCCCGAUAUGCUUUGCUGAGACUGGAGGAAGGGCCCCCGCAUACCAAGAACUGGAGACCCCAGCUGUUGGUGCUUUUGAAACUGGACGAAGAUUUGCAUGUGAAAUAUCCCAGGCUGCUAACUUUCGCUUCUCAGUUGAAAGCUGGCAAGGGGUUGACCAUCAUUGGGACCGUAAUCCAGGGGAACUUCUUGGAAAGUUACGGCGAAGCCCAGGCGGCGGAACAGACCAUCAAGAACAUGAUUGAAAUUGAGAAGGUGAAAGGCUUUUGCCAAGUGGUGGUAGCCACGAAAGUCCGAGACGGGAUUUCCCACUUGAUCCAGUCCUGCGGGUUGGGCGGCAUGAAGCACAACACGGUGGUGCUGGGGUGGCCGUACGGCUGGAGGCAAAGCGAAGAUCCAAGAUCCUGGAAAACAUUUAUAGAUACCGUGCGUUGCGUGACGGCCGCCCACCUGGCCUUGCUGGUGCCCAAGAAUGUGUCCUUCUAUCCCGGCAAUCAUGAGCGUUACAAUGAAGGGAAUAUUGAUGUCUGGUGGAUCGUGCACGACGGAGGCAUGUUGAUGCUGCUUCCUUUUCUGCUCAGACAGCACAAAGUUUGGCGAAAGUGCAAGAUGCGAAUUUUCACAGUAGCUCAGAUGGAUGACAACAGCAUCCAGAUGAAGAAAGACCUGGCGACCUUCCUCUACCAACUCCGCAUAGAGGCUGAAGUAGAAGUCGUUGAAAUGCAAAACAGUGACAUCUCAGCAUAUACUUAUGAGCGGACGUUGAUGAUGGAGCAGAGAUCACAGAUGUUAAGGCAGAUGAGAUUGACCAAAACGGAAAGAGAAAGGGAGGCUCAGCUGGUGAAGGACAGGCAUUCGAUCAUCAGGUUGGAGAGUCUCUACUCUGACGAGGAGGACGAGAGUGAGGCCAUACCGGAAAAGAUCCAGAUGACGUGGACCAAGGACAAAAGUGACUCUGAGAAGAGGAUCCGAAACAAUGCCGUGGAGAACUUCAGAGAGCUCAUCAGUAUUAAACCCAACCAGUCAAAUGUUCGAAGGAUGCAUACGGCUGUGAAGCUGAACGAAGUCAUUGUCAACCGGUCCCACGACGCCCGACUGGUCCUACUCAACAUGCCUGGGCCCCCAAAGAACACAGAUGGAGAUGAAAACUAUAUGGAAUUUCUCGAGGUUUUGACCGAAGGAUUAGAGCGAGUGUUACUUGUCAGAGGUGGCGGUCGAGAAGUCAUCACUAUUUACUCUUGAUUCCAAUAGGACAGCCCCCUGCUGCCAAUUUUCCCCUCCUCUUCAUGUUAAAGAGAUAUUUUCCAUUCCAAGUGGAAAAGACUAUGCCUUCUCUGCCACCACUUCAAACUGAUCUUCACAGCCCCGGAAAAGGGUACACUGUAAAAUGUAGCUGUAAAUGCCAUGUCCAGCCAAGUUCUUCCAGUGGCAACAUACAUAUCUGUUCUGGAGUGCGACAGUAUUACACCAUUCUGCUAGAGACGUGUUUUAAUCAUGGCACUGCGAUGCACUGUAGCUCUGCUUUAGCUUUCCUACUCCAGUGGAUGUGUGUGCUACUUUUAAUACUGAACCUUUUGUUGUAUUUUUUACAUUUUUUUUUAGAAAAUAAAAUGCAGAAUUUUUAGUUAAUGUA